UGCGACGGCACCUACACGGGCACCCGGGUGGAUCUGUCCAGCCGAGGGCUAUCGGGGACGAUCCCUCCGCAGCUGGGCGACAUCUCGCAGCUGGAGUAUCUUAUCCUGAUAGACAACUCCAUUUCGGGCACCAUCCCUCCGCAGACGAGCAAGCUCUCGCGGCUGGAGGCGCUUAGUCUGAACAGCAACUCCAUCUCGGGCACCAUCCCUUCGGAUACGGGCAAGCUCUCGCUGCUGCAGUAUCUUUACCUGAACAGCAACUCCAUCUCGGGCACCAUCCCUCCAGAUACGGGCAAGCUCUCGCAGCUGGUGAGGCUUGACCUGUACGACAAUGACAUCUCCGGAACCGUGCCG